AUGGUGGGCUUCGGUGGGAUGGCGCCUUAUGGGAUUCAGUCAAUGUUGAAGGAAGGUCACAAGCAUCUCUCCGGUCUCGAUGAAGCCGUUCUCAAGAACAUUGAUGCUUGCAAACAGCUCUCUCAAAUCACUCGCACUUCCCUCGGCCCCAAUGGUAUGAAUAAGAUGGUCAUCAAUCAUCUGGACAAGCUUUUUGUGACAAAUGAUGCUGCUACUAUUGUCAGUGAGCUUGAGGUUCAGCACCCUGCUGCUAAGAUUGUGGUUCUGGCUGGGAAGGCCCAGCAGGAGGAAAUUGGUGAUGGAGCUAAUCUAUGCGUAUCUUUUGCUGGCGAACUUCUUCAAAAUGCUGAAGAGCUCAUUCGGAUGGGGCUCCAUCCAAGUGAGAUCAUUAUUGGAUACACCAAGGCAAUCAAGAAGGCAAUAGAGGUACUUGAGGAGCUGGUGGAGCAAGGUUCUGAUACUAUGGAUGUCAGAAACAAAGAAGAGGUUAUUUCUCGAAUGAAAGCAGCUGUUGCCAGCAAACAGUUUGGACAGGAGGAUAUUUUAUGCCGUCUUAUUGCCCAGGCUUGCAUACAAGUUUGCCCUAAGAACCCUGCAAAUUUUAAUGUGGACAAUGUCAGAGUAGCAAAGCUUUUGGGAGGAGGUUUGCAUGAUAGUACUAUCAUUCAAGGCAUGGUUUUGAAAACUGAUGCUGUUGGAAGCAUAAAGAAGAUGGAAAAGGCAAAGGUUGCUGUUUUUGCUGGGGGUGUGGAUACCACUGCAACUGAGACAAAGGGAACCGUAUUAAUUCAUAGUGCCGAACAGCUUGAAAAUUAUGCAAAGACAGAGGAAGCUAAGGUUGAGGAGCUGAUAAAAGCAGUUGCAGCAUCUGGUGCAAAGGUCAUCAUCAGUGGAGCAGCAGUUGGAGAGAUGGCACUGCACUUCUGUGAACGCUACAAGCUUAUGGUUCUAAAGAUCAGUUCCAAAUUUGAGCUCCGUCGAUUUUGUCGUACCACUGGUGCUGUGGCACUUCUGAAACUUAGUGCUCCAAAUCCAGAUGAUCUUGGAUAUGUUGAUUCUAUAUCAGUCGAAGAAAUUGGUGGUGUGAGGGUUACAAUUGUGAGAAACGAGGAAGGUGGAAAUUCUGUGGCUACUGUUGUACUUCGCGGGAGCACCGAUAGUAUAUUGGAUGAUCUUGAGAGAGCUGUUGAUGAUGGCGUCAACACUUACAAGGCUAUGUGCAGGGACAGUCGAACUGUACCUGGAGCAGCAGCUACUGAGAUUGAAUUAGCAAGAAGACUAAAGGAGUUUUCUUUCAAAGAAACAGGAUUGGAUCAAUAUGCAAUCUCAAAGUUUGCUGAGAGUUUUGAAAUGAUACCGAAAACCCUGGCAGAGAAUGCUGGGCUUAAUGCUAUGGAGAUCAUAUCAUCUUUGUAUGCUGAACAUGCAUCGGGAAAUACAAGAGUUGGCAUUGACUUGGAGGAAGGUGUUUGCAAAGAUGUCUCUACAAUGACUAUAUGGGACCUUUACAUAACAAAGUUUUUUGCUCUAAAAUAUGCUGCCGAUGCUGCCAAUACUGUCCUGCGGGUGGACCAGAUUAUUAUGGCAAAACCAGCUGGUGGUCCACGACCUCCUGCAGGUGGAGGAAUGGAUGAUGAUUAA